CCCGCUUCGGUGGGGAGAGCAGGGACGCCCCGCGCCCGCCGCCCCGCAGAGCCCGGCCCCGGGCCCCACCCCGCCGAGCUGCGCGCGGGCCGGCCGGGGACGCGGAGCAGCCCCGGGGAAUGAGGCGGCCGCGGCCCCUGGCGCCCCUCCGCGUGUGCGCCGCGCCCCUCGCCCGCCUGCCCCGCGGGCACCCCCCAUGGCGGCCCGGUGGUUCAAGGAGUUCCCGCUGAACCUGAAGACGGCGUCCGAGCGCGCCCGGCCCGGUGGCUGCGGCGGCCGACUGCGCAAGAACUCGGAGGCGGGCGGCGCCGGGCCGGCCCCGGGCAAGGGCCGCAAGAACUCGACGGCCGAGCUGGGGAGCGGCAGGGCCGGCGUCGGCGCCCCCAGGGACAGCCGGCCGCCCCGGGACAGCCUGCAGGGCCUGAUCCAGGCCGCGGCGGGCAAGGGCCGCAAGAACUCGCGGGCCACGGAGGACGAGCCGCCCCGGGGCGCGGCCAGGAGCGCGGGCUGCGGCACCUACAUCAGCAGGCUCAUUAAGGUGGACACUCAGGAGAAGAACGGCAAGGGCAGCAGCACCAGCAGCACCAGCAGCAGCUCUUCCUCCGCGUCCUCCUCCCCCGCCUCGCUGGGCCCCGAAGUGGACAAGGGCAAGACCGGGAAGCAGCCGGACACGGUCAUCAUUUUAGAAGACUACGCUGACCCUUAUGAUGCCAAAAGGACGAAAGGCCAGAGGGACUCAGAGAGGGCAGGAGAGAAUGACGGCUACAUGGAACCCUACGAUGCGCAGCAGAUGAUAACAGAAAUCCGGCGCCGAGGCUCCAAGGACCCCCUGGUGAAGGCCCUUCAGCUGCUCGACGGUCCCUGCGAGUCGGGCGAGAACAGCAUGAAGGCGGAGACGGCGGCCAAGAGACGGAGCUCCAAGGAGCUGGUGGGGAAGGCCCCCCAGCUCUACGACACGCCCUACGAGCCCCCCGACGGGGCCCCCGAGCGGAGGGCGCGGCUGCCCGCGGAGGACGAGCGGCCGGCCGCGGAGUACGAGCAGCCGUGGGAGUGGAAGAAGGAGCAGAUCGCGUGGGCGCUGUCAGUUCAGUUUGAGGGCUCGGACCGGCCGUCCGUCAAGGAGGACCCAGCGAAGCAGCACCAGCGGCAGAAGAGCUGGACCCAGAAGGUCCUGAAGCCGGACCACGGCGAGGGCGAAAAGGUGGCCCUGGGCCUGCCGCUGGGGAAGCAGCCUUGGUAUCACGGCGCCAUCACCCGCGCAGAGGCCGAGAGCCGACUCCAGCCCUGCAAAGAAGCUGCUUAUCUGGUCCGAAAUAGCGAGUCGGGGAACAGCAAAUACUCCAUCGCCCUGAAGACUAGUCAAGGGUGCGUCCACAUCAUAGUGGCCCAGACCAAAGACAGCAAGUACACACUGGAUCAGACGAGCGCCGUCUUCGACAGCAUCCCCGAGGUGGUGCACUAUUACUCCAACGAGAAGCUGCCCUUCAAGGGGGCAGAACACAUGACCUUGCUCUACCCAGUGCACAGCAAGGGCCACUAAGGUCCAGCCAGCAAGAGCCCUGGCCAGGCCCCUCCUCCUGAGCAGGGCAUCAGCCCCAACCAGCACCGGGGGACAGGGCUGGACUUCCCCACAGGGAUCGGUGGGAAGUGGGAGUCUCCACCUAGAAGGCAAAAAUCUUUGGCCUGACAGCCAUUCCUCGACACUUGGUUACUGACCUGUUGCUUUUCUACAAUAAGAAAUCCUAAUUCACCAGCUGCCUCUGCUCUCUGGAGUAGGUGUUCUGUUUGCGGGGGUACUUUCAGGAAAGGUAAGUCAAGAGUCCAGGGAUAUUAAGGUUUUCCAAAAAUGCACUAGGUGUUCCCUGGAACACGGCGCUAAGCAAACCCACAAAAAAAUGCAGCUGGCUUUAUGCGGGGCAAUAAAACUUGAUCACGUGGACCAGAAGAGCGUGCACCACGGACCCCUUCCUGGGGACAAAGACGAAUAGUGGAAAACACGUGGAUAUGGAGGACUCGGGGAAGGCGUCCUGGUUCAGCUCUGGAGUCCACGAAAAUCCACAGCCCCGACGAGAGUAUUUGGGUGGUCAGCCUGCGAAGAAAGUUUUAUUUUCUCAAUCUCUGGGGACUUUUCCAUCAUCUUUACUAUAUACGUAAACAGGAAGGAAGAUGCCCCCAGAUUAAGAAUCAGCAACAGAAAUUAAACAUCGGCAUCAUUAUAAUUCUGAAUUAUAGAAUAAAAUAAUUUCAUUUCUGAUUUUUUUUUUAAAUCUGAAAAAUGUGCGAAGCUCAGCAGCCGUUUCCUUACAGGAAAAUCAUUCGGGACUUCGGAU